CCUAGAUCCAUGUUUGCCCUUUCGUCCCUCAGUCACUCAGACCUUCAUCGUCUUCUGUCCUCGGUCGUGGAAGCGUUUUAGUAUUUUGACACACCGCUCUCGUUCGUGUUCUCUCGCACUCCUUCCUCAACAAGAAAUAAACCGAACACUUUUCCUUCGUUCCCUUAAGUCAGUCAUCCGUUGCUUCCUUUUCGAGUGGGAUCACACUGAGAGUACCCCACCAACUGGGAAAAAAUAUCCCCCAAUUCUUGGGAAUCCCUCUUUCCUUGUUUUCCCCGAGCAACCUAAGGACCGAGAGUGAAACCUUGAGGCUCUCCACUCAAAAUGUUCUCUUCGUGCUUUGUGCUUGUGCUCUUGUGGGGGUGUUAUCCUCCGAUCUCUGGAAGGGAACAGAGGUUCAUCUUCCCAGAUGACAAGAUCGUCAUACCUCCGCCUGAAUCGUUUUUCGUGGCCAAUCUACCCCCACGGCAAACCAAAAAUAGCGAUGCUCCGCCGUCUGAGAGUGUCACCAUUUUGAAGGAAUCGACUUUGGAGCAGGAACUGAAAAUCGUUUCCAUGGACAACACGAGUUUUUGUCGAUCUGGUGAAGAUGACGCCGAUUUCUGAGAGGACCCUGAGACAUAUCCAGAUAAUCUGGUGGAAAAAAUCAUUCAAAGGCUCUCCCGUGGAAAAGAUGCAACCAAGAACGAGUUCUUUGAGAAGGGGAAUGACGAGGACCAAGCCGAGGUUCAACGCACCAUUGAAGAGGUCAACAUUGUUUUGCCCUUUUUCGAUACGCAACCGAGGCUGCCACGCCCUCAAGGCAAAAUUGAGGCGUCCGUGCCUCUGGGUGGAGCACCUGCCAACGCAGAUGGCGUGAGAAUCGCUUUGGAUGAGAGUCACAAUCGACCGCAAAAAGAGCAUCAAGAAGGCCACAUGGGCCGACAAGGACAGGUUCAAGAAAAUCCGUCAGGCUCGAUUUUGACGCGUCGACCCCAAAAAGUGGUUCCAGGGGGCCAAACUGCCACUCCAUACACCCCACCAGUGGGCAGUAGUCCACCUCGGACCUCCCAAUCCCGCCCCUUUGGGGUGAGCCAACCUCCGUCGAUUGGAAAGGCGGAUGCAGUGGAAGAGGAGAUGGUGGUGGACGAGGAGGAGGAGGAGGAGGAGGUGGCCGAGCACGUGGAAGAUCUCUAUGAUACUCAAAAGAGGUUUGAGGAGGAGUCUCCUUUGUGCUCCUCGGUAGCCUCUUACAUCUAUCCCAAGCGAGCUCAAAACAAGGAUAAUCAUUUCAAGUUUAUUAUCAAUGUGCCUGAAAAGUCCUUCGUUCAAGCUGUUCGGAUUGAAAGAUGUCGCGCUCCUGGAGAUCAAUGCAGUUUGCAGGGUGGGAUCAGUUUUGCAGAUUUAGGUAUCCAGACGGUUUGCCGCCAAAAGUACAUUCAUCGCCGGAUGUUGGCUCUCAAUGAGCAAGGCGAGGAGGAAGUGGAUCUCUUCAAGUUUCCCUCCUGUUGCGUUUGCCACCAAAUCGAACUCACACCAUUCAGGUCUGGCAGUGCACCAUUUCAUAGCUCGCGACGAAAUGGGCGAUCGGAAGAUGAUUUUGAUGGCAAUUUCGGCCAAUCCACGGAUAUCACGGAGUUGAAUGAAUUUGCCAGAACUGAUUGAAUUCUCUCCCCCCCCCCUUACACACUCCAAAUGCUCUUAGAGGAUCGAAAGUUGAUCCCAACCUUUCCGUUCAAUCAUACAUCCAGAUAUCUAUUUGUCUCUAAUUAAAUUGAAAAAUAUAGCCACCAAUGUCUAA